UCCAGGUGGAUCCAGAAGGAGGUAGCGCCCACGCGACUUUUAUAUAUUAAUACUAUUCAGAUUCGGUGCUCCCUAUAAAAUGCAACUCUAUGAACUCUGGAGAAUUGAAUUGAUUUGAAUCUGCAGAAAAAUCGACAAUUGAAAAGACGAAUAGAGAGAUGGCUCUUAACCCGCAAUUGUAUCCAAACGGGAUGCCCGUUCCUUUCGAGAACGAGUUGUUUGUAUUGGCCAGAGACGGCGUCGAAUUCGAGGUCGACAAAAUUCCCGGAUGUGGAAAAGUUAAAGCUAAGGGAACAAUCUACUUGUCUAAUAUACGGAUGGUCUUUGUUGCAUCUCAGCCUGUUGGAAAUUUCUAUGCUUUUGACAUGCCUCUUCUCUUUAUCCAUGAAGAAAAAUUCAACCAACCUAUAUUUCACUGCAACAAUAUUUCAGGUUUCGUGGAACCUGUAGUUCCAGAGACUGAGAAUAGGGCUCUCUACUCCACUCACUCGUUCAAAAUUUUGUUCAAGGAAGGGGGAUGUGGAACCUUUGUUCCACUUUUUCUCAACUUGAUCUCGGCGGUGAGACAAUACAAUCAACAAAUGAACUCUGCACCAAGACCUUGGAUAGAUCCUCUGCAAGCAGCGCAAACUCCAGUUGAUGAAAUGAUGAGACAUGCAUAUGUUGAUCCUAAUGAUCCAACAAGAAUCUUUUUGCAACAGCCCACUCCACAGUCUGAGCUGAGGCGUCGCACCUACCAGCCAUCCUCAGCUGAACGUACAAUGUGAUUUCUAUUUUCCAAUUUCCAAGCAAAAGACUCUGUGUAUAAUCAAUCCAAACUAAAUACAACUACUGUGCUGUGUCUAUGUGCAUUACCUAUCCAUUUAUAAAGUGCUAAAUUACUCUACA